CGGGGCGCGGCGGGUCCGGGCGGCCGGCUCGGGGUCACAGUGAGUGUGAAGGUUGAGGAAGUGCCCUCAGACGAGAUGCAGCCCACUUCAGCAUUGCGGGACCCUGGUGAUUCCUGGCCAGAGCAGUUACAGGCCCUUUAUGCGGAAAGGCCUCUGGAGCAGUCUGGAGAGAGGGAAGCCCUGGGGUCUCAGGACAAGCCACCUCAUGUCUCCAAAGAGGAGUCCCUGCCCCACCAGGAGUCAGGUGCUGGGACCCUGAGGAGAGUUGAGCAGAAGCCUCCUGGAGAAGAGCCUGUAAUCCUGGAGCUCCAGAGUACUUUCCCAGGGAGCCUGGAGGAGAGGAGCUCCCUGACCACUGAGCCAGGCCAAAUGCAGAAGGGGCAGGGCAGGCCUCCAAAGCAGGCAGAGAACUUGGAGCUCCAGGAAGUGUUUGAGGAUGUGGCUGUGUAUUUCACACGGAAGGAGUGGGAGCUGCUGGAAGGUGAAGACAAGGUGCUUUACCGGGACCAGAUGCUGAGGAAUUUCCAAGCCCUCGUUUCUCUGGGAUAUCAAGGUCCCACACCUGACUUAAUCUGCAGCAUCCAACGAGGACAGGUGGACCUCUGGGUCUGUGAUGAUGAGGACCGUAGAUUGGAGGACCUUUUGCCAGGAGGUGCCUGGCUGCUGAGCAGAGCUGAGGAGCAGGCUUCCGCAGACCUGGAGCCACCACAGACUUCCACAGGAAGUUUGGGUGAAAUGGACUUCCUGAGACCUGAGGAGGAUCAAUGGCACAAGAGUCAGGGGAGGCCCCAAAAGCUGAAGGAAUAUGUAGCAGUGAACCAGGUACCAUCUCCAAUUGGGCAUGAGAGUGGAGAAGGGACAGAACCCAGAAAGAUCCCUAGGUGCAAGGAAGAAUUUGUGGAGCUCAGAGCCCUUAAGAGCCACUGGAAACAGGCACUACAUCUAAGCCAAGGAAGUGAGGAGGGCCUCAGAGGGAAGCAGGAGCUCACUACCAAGUACAGGGGUAGAGCUGAGGAGAAGCCACGUCAGCGCUCGGAGUGUGGGAAGAGCUUCACUCGCUCCUCCACCAUGGCCCGGCACCAGCAUCUCCACAUGGGGCAAAAGCCGCAUCAGUGUUUGGAGUGUGGAAAGAGCUUCACUCAGUCCUCCAGUCUGGCUCAGCACCAGCUUCUCCACACGGGGGAGAAGCCACAUCAGUGUUCAGAGUGUGGGAAGAGCUUUGCUCAGUCCUCCAACCUGGCUGAGCACCAGCGUAUCCACACAGGGGAGAAGCCACAUCACUGUUUGGAAUGUGGGAAGAGCUUCACUCACUCCUCUAGCCUAACUCAGCACCAGCGUAUCCACACAGGGGAGAAGCCACAUCAGUGUUCAGAGUGUGGGAAGAGCUUCACCCGUUCCUCUAGCCUGGCUCAGCACCAGCGUAUCCACACAGGGGAGAAGCCACAUCACUGUUCGGAGUGUGGGAAGAGCUUCACUUGCUCCUCCAGCCUGGCUCGACAUCAGCAUCUCCACACGGGGGAGAAGCCGCAUCAAUGUUUGGAGUGUGGGAAGAACUUUACUCACUCCUCCAGUCUGGCUCAACACCAGCGUCUCCACACAGGGGAGAAUCCACAUCGGUGCUCGGAGUGUGGGAAGAGCUUCACUCGAUCCUCCAGCCUGGCUGAGCACCAGCAUCUCCACACAGGGGAGAAGCCACAUCAGUGCUUGGAGUGUGGGAAGAGCUUCACUCACUCCUCUGGCCUGGCUCACCACCAGCGUCUCCACACAGGGGAGAAGGCCCAUCAGUGCUUGGAGUGUGGGAAGAACUUCACUCACUCCUCCAGCCUGACUCGCCACCAGCAUAUCCACACGGGGGAGAAGCCAUGUGAGUGUUCGGAGUGUGGGAAGAGCUUCACUUGCUCUUCCAGCCUGACUCGGCACCAGUGUAUCCACACAGGGGAGAAGCCAUAUCAGUGUUCGGAGUGUGGGAAGAGCUUCGCUCGCUCCUGCAGUCUGGCUCGGCACCAGCAUAUCCACACGGGGGAGAAGCCUCAUCAGUGCUCAGAGUGUGGAAAGAGCUUCACCUGCUCCUUCUCUCUGGCCCAGCACCAGCUCAUCCACAUGUCAGAGAAGCCACAUCAGUGCUUAUAGUGUGGGAAGUGCUUCCUCAACUCCUCCAAACUGGCUUAGCAAAAAUGCAUCCAUAUCCAGGACCAUCCAUAAUUUUGCCAGCAGUGAAGGAAGGGUUUGGUGACAUUUACCUGCUCAGCACCUACCAGUGUCUGCAUCCAAGCAAGCAGUCUCAUGCUGAUGGACUGCAGCAAGAAUUCACCCACUGUUGUUGCCUUCUAGGGCCCUGCAGAACCUAAAGGACACAGAGGCUGUCCCCCAAGGUUUGCUGAGGGUGAGGGGUUAAAAAAAAACUCCUUAUGCAGAGGCCAGCCCAGAUGCUUGGGGAACCUGGGAGGGGAUGAUUUUUAAAUCAGUCCCGGAGAUGUCAUCCCCAUCAUUUCCUGAAAGGAGUCAGUGCCUCCACAGGUAGAAGAGUGUUUUCACACUAGGGUGCCUUCUCUAGGACAACUGGCUCCUACUAACUCCCCCAGGGCCUUUCUUUGUUCUAUUCCCAGCUUUGUCCUCUCUCCUGAUCCCUGGUUGUGGCAUGUUAGGCUCUUGAGUUGCAAGAAGGAGGACAUUUAUGGUUGGGGUAGCAUUCUGAGGGACAGCCAGCACGGGUUUGUUGUGGGUAGGUGUUAGCAGAUAAAAACCUAGGAUUCUGGACUAGCCUAGGGAUUGACACGACACCUCGUUCAAUGAGUGACAGAAAGGCUUUAUUUACUACAAGUAUUUAAAAUCAAGUCAAGUGAGCCCAAACCAAACCAGUCCAGUAAUUAGCUAUAAGGUGAUGAUUUCUUGCCAAAACAGGUGACGAAGAGGCGGUCUGUUUCUCUUCAACUUCUUGAGUAAGUUGGGCGCAUCAGUAACUGGUGUCAGAGAGAUUUCUCACUCUUGAAGCACGUGCACUGUUUGCUGUUUUACAGCCUUUGUAUACCCUUAGUUUAGCAUCUUCAAAGCAUUGUUUUAGUUGUGUAAAUCAAGAGUCCCAAGCAGUAACUGACAGUAAAAACCUGCUCAUUACUGGUUAUCAGAAAUUUCUAAUUUGAAUGAGUUACCUUGUUCAGUCACAAGAGAUCAUCCAGUUUGGAACAUAUCAAGAAACUGAUUAACAGCCAGGAAAAACAUUAAAAUCAGGAGGAGACAUCUAUUA